AACCGGACUGUCACACACACACACGCGCACGCACACGCACACUCACUGCAGAGGAGCGAGCGAGCGGGACACCAGGAGGAACAUGUCCGCCUCCUCCCGCACCGAGGGACGGUCACACCACCGGAGCAGCGCGGUCACAGCUCGCCCUCCUCCUCCUCCGCUGUAGUUGAGCAGACACUCCGCCGCCUGGUUCCACACUUAUGUUCUGAAGGCUUCUCUGCUGCUUCUGGUCCAUCCUCCUCCUCCUCCUCCUCCUUCUCCUCUUCCUCCUCCUUCCUCCUUCCUCCUCCUCCUCCUCCUCCUGCUGCUGUUCGCCGUCCCGUCGCCAGGAUGGAGAAGUCUCUCUGCAGUCCGCAUCACGGGACCAACAAAACAAACUCUCCCUCCACGGAGCGGGGGAGCUCUGCGAGGAAGCCCGGCGGCCGGACCGGGACGCACAGCCCCGGCUCCAGCUCCGGCUCUGGCUCCGGUUCCGGCUCCCUGGGCGGCCCGGCCGGAGCAGGAGGCAGCCGGGAAGCGAUGCUGGGGAACAGCAUGAAUGUGCAGCAGAGGAGGAGGCAGCUGGAAGGAGUGCUGAGCAAAUACACCAACCUGAUCCAGGGCUGGCAGAACAGGUACUUUGUGUUGGAUCCAGAGUCGGGACAGCUGCAGUAUUUCGUCAGCGAGCAGGGGAAGAGCCAGAAGCCCCGCGGGUCCCUGCCCCUGAUCGGCGCCUCGGUCUGCACGAGUGACGAGGCUCCGCACAUGUUCGUGGUGAACUCCGUCAACGGGGAGCUGUACAAGCUCAGAGCCUCUGACGCCAAAGAACAGCAGUUGUGGAUCACUCAGCUCCAAACAUGUGCCAGACGCCACUCCGACAGCAGUGCCAAGGUGAAGAAACUGAAGGGCUCAGAUGAGCACCUGAGUGUGGAGAGAGCAGGAGGAGGCCAGGAGGGGCUGGGCUACUCGUCCUCCGGUCGGACCCGUAGCUUCUCCUUGCUCCCCCACCUAACCCCAUCCUCAUCCCCGGGUUCCCAGAGGCACCUGGGCCCCACGCCCACACCCGGCAACAUCGUCUCCAUCACCCACCACAAAUCUCCGGCUGCGGCUCGGCGGGCCAAGAGUCAUUACCCGGGUCGGCUGCUGGAGGUCAAAGAGGUGAUGUGCCAAGCCGAGGGCCAACAGAAGAACCUGGUCCAGUCCAUCGACUCCCUACCCACCAAAGGCCCCCUCUCCUGCCUGGACCAGGACCUGCUGCUACUCAAAGCCACAUCUGCCGCCACACUGAGCUGCCUGGGCGAGUGCCUGAACAUCCUCCAACAGAGCCAGAGCCACAGCCAGGCGCCACCUCAGUCUCAGGCCUCCCAGCGCUACCACGCCGACCACGGAGCCCCCUCCGAUGGUGUUCCUGUGUGGACUGUACCAAAGUCGCCCUCAGGGGAGCUGAUGAAGAACGGAGGUCUGACCCCUCUGCGGUCAGCCGAGCCCUCGCCGGCCCUCAGGAUAAGGAGUCUGUCCCAUGGUGCUGAGCACCCCCCAGGGCUGGAAGACAUCAGCCCCAGUGAAGAGGUCACAGACACGGAGGACAACGACGAGGAGGACCUCGGCGUCCUGGACGACCAGCGGAGCAUCAUCCUCCACCUGCUGUCUCAGCUCAAACUGGGCAUGGACCUCACACGGGUGGUGUUGCCUACCUUCAUUUUGGAAAAGCGAUCGCUGCUGGAGAUGUACGCCAACUUCAUGGCCCACCCUGAUAUGUUCCUGUCCAUCACAGCCGGGGCCACGGCAGAGGACCGCAUCAUCCGCUUUGUGGAGUACUACCUGACGGCCUUCCACGAGGGACGCAAGGGGGCCGUGGCCAAGAAGCCCUACAACCCCGUGCUGGGGGAGACCUUUCACUGUUCCUGGGAAGUGCCGCGGGACAGAGUCAAGCCUUCGGUCAGAUCCAACCAGGGCUCGACCUGGGAGCCGAGCCGGGGCCCCAACCACACGCAGCAGGAGGACGAGUCGCCGGGAGACUGCUACAGAGUGCGCUUUGUGGCCGAGCAGGUUUCCCAUCAUCCACCGGUGUCGGGGUUCUACUGUGAGUGCCGGGAGAGGCAGAUGUGUGUCAACGCACACGUUUGGACCAAGAGCAAGUUCAUGGGGAUGUCGAUAGGAGUGUCCAUGGUGGGAGAAGGAGUCCUCUGUCUGCUGGAGCAUGAUGAGGAGUACGUCUUCACGCUGCCCUGCGCCUACGCCCGCUCCAUCCUCACCGUGCCCUGGGUGGAGCUGGGGGGCAAAGUGUCCAUCAGCUGCGUCAAGAGCGGCUACUCGGCCACCGUCACCUUCCACACCAAGCCCUUCUACGGAGGGAAGGUUCACAGAGUGACGGCCGAGGUCAAACACAACCCGACCAACACCAUCGUGUGCAAAGCGCAGGGCGAGUGGAACGGCACGCUGGAGUUCACGUACAGCAGCGGGGAGACCAAAGUGAUCGACACGGCCAAACUCCCGGUCACCAGGAAGAAGCUGCGGCCGUCGGACCAGCAGGGGAGGAAGGAGUCCAGGUUUUUAUGGCAGCACGUCACCAAAUCGCUGAAGGAAGGAAACAUCGACGAGGCCACGGAGCACAAACACAGACUGGAGGAGCGGCAGAGGGGGGAGGAGAGGAAGAGAGCGGCCGACAACAAACCGUGGACGCCCAAGUACUUCACUAAAGAGGGAGACGGUUGGAUCUACAACAACUCACUGUGGAAGUCGACCUGACACCAGAUCAGCUCCUCUCAACAACCGAGACCCUGCCUCCCCUCGCCCCCCCCCCGCAGGCCUCCGGACCCACAGACUCUCAGAGCGACACCACGGAGACACAAUCACACAAAACAAGCAAGGUGCCAAAUGGAUCUCCACUGUUAGAACCGAACCGAGAUGGGGCGGGGGGGUCCAGAGCUCUUGGGACAGAAGUACAUUUUUAUAUACAGUUAAUAGUAUUACUAUUCAAAGUAGAGUAUUUCUAUUUUUCACCUUGCCAAGGCCUUUUUUGCACAUGCACAGUUCUGACGUUUGCCACCGGUGUUUUUCGAUCAACCCGUUUCCUCUCAGACAUCCUUUGGUUCGGAGCUUUUUGUUUGUCAUGCAGCGUUAGUCGAUGGACGUUCCCUGUAACACAUUAUACUGUAGCCGUGUGUAAGUACAUUAUAAAGAGUCGUUUAUAAGAAGCACUUUUACCAAUAGAAAUAAAUUUAAUAUUUUAUAUAUCUGUGGCUUUUACCAAUCAGGGUCGUCUCCAAGAGCUUAAUGGAAAAUAAGACCACCUGAUCCGAUAGAAACAGAGUGUGUGCUACGUUAGAUCAUGUGUUAAAGUAUAUUAUUAUUCCGUACAUGACAGUGAGCUACUAGAAAGUAAGAGGUCCUGAUUGUUUUGUCUGCACUAUGAAUGUAUCUGGACACAUUGUAAUGGAAACGCCACAUUUGCCCAUCACCUCACGCUCUUUGUUUGUAUUUCACCCACUGAGUGAGACGCCUCCACUUUCCAUUACUACCUCUCUCAUUCAGCUGCUCCAUCGUGACAUUAUGACUCCAAACGGAAAACACAGGUUUGUUGGUGGUGUAGAGGUAGAGUUACCUAAACUCAAUCAUUUUGUUUGUGAGCAAGAUUUCACAAAACCCACACAAAGGACUCAAAAAGGAAUUGAUUCUAGAUUCAAGCCGUUUCUGAAUCUGUGCCCUUCAUAAUGGCCCUUUGAUUAUCGAGAUAGGCUCCUUACACCUCCACCAGUCCCCUUAAAUUCAAUCAAGCUGCACCACAUCAGACACACAGAUGGAAACCAGUCCCCUUAACCUGCCUGAAUUGUAUCCCAAAAAGAGCCAUGAAUUGGAAAAAGGGUGAAAACGUUGAAAAACGCCACAUGGCACGUUUUUUUUUAAAUGUGGGUAAACCGGCCAAAAAAGGUGAUAAACUCUUUUCCCAUCGACCAGUUGAGUUUGCUUUUCUGUUUGUCCAGCAAACACCACACAAGCCUGAUGUUUGAAGUGUUCUUUACCAUAUGAAGAAGAGAUUAUGUUACAGAAAAGAUUCCCUGGAUCCGCACAAGCUCUGAACAGGUUCUCACCUGACCCACAUCUUGCUCUGUAGUUUUAAUGGAAUCUUGCUCACAAUGAAAACAAGCAAAUGGACGGGUAUGAAAACCUCCUCGGUCAAGGAGACUGGUCCACACUUCCCCUCAUGAGGGUGUGCAGGAGAGUGGCCAUGGUCUUGUAUCUGGGGGG